AUGAAUGUUCUAUCAUGUUCCAUCAACACACUAACACUAAAGGGGUUAUAUGAUAUAUCCGGUGUGGAAGUAGGCCAGCAUUUCUAUUGGAAAAUAGGAGGUUUCCAAGUCCAUGCCCAAGUGCUUAUUACUUCUUGGGUUGUAAUUGCUAUCUUAUUAGGUUCAGCCAUUGUAGCUGUUCGGAAUCCACAAACCAUUCCAACAGGAGGUCAGAAUUUCUUCGAAUACGUCCUUGAAUUCAUUCGAGAUGUGAGCAAAACUCAGAUUGGAGAGGAAUAUGGCCCGUGGGUCCCCUUUAUUGGAACUAUGUUUCUAUUUAUUUUUGUUUCUAAUUGGGCGGGGGCGCUUUUACCUUGGAAGAUCAUACAGUUACCUCACGGGGAGUUAGCCGCACCGACGAAUGAUAUAAAUACUACCGUUGCUUUAGCUUUACUUACGUCAAUAGCCUAUUUUUAUGCGGGCCUUAGCAAAAAAGGAUUAGGUUAUUUCAGUAAAUACAUUCAACCAACUCCAAUCCUUUUACCCAUUAACAUUUUAGAAGAUUUCACAAAACCUUUAUCACUUAGCUUUCGACUUUUCGGCAAUAUAUUAGCGGAUGAAUUAGUAGUUGUUGUUCUUGUUUCUUUAGUACCUUCAGUGGUUCCUAUACCUGUCAUGUUCCUUGGAUUAUUUACAAGUGGUAUUCAAGCUCUUAUUUUUGCAACUUUAGCUGCGGCUUAUAUAGGCGAAUCCAUGGAGGGGCAUCAUUGA